UUUUGCAUAGUUUUUAAGCACUUACUAGCCGUUUGGGAGUCAAAUGAACGGCUAUUUUAGGUCAACAGAGCCAAACGCCCCGGAAGUAGUUUUUCAAGGGCAGGGCGGAAGCUGAUCGGCUUCGUCUUAACAGAUUCACCUAUUCCACCUGAUCGACCCAUUCGAUCAGCUCCUGCCGGACCAUCGUCAUGACUUGAAGAACUGUCCUGUUCCCAUUGAAUCAUGAAUGACAAGCUGGUUUUCCUGGGCCUCCUGUACUUUGUCCAGGGAAUCCCCUAUGGGCUCCAGUCCUCGCUGCUCCCCGUCUACCUCCGUGGGGCUGGCCAUUCCCUCACACGCAUCGGCCUGACCAAAAUCCUCUACUUCCCCUGGGUGCUCAAAGUCCUCUGGGCGCCUCUGGUGGACCGUGUGGGCACCAAGCGGCUCUGGCUUGUGGCUACUGUCUCUGGCCUGGCGUUCACCUGCCUCUUCAGUGCCACCCUGUCCCCAGAGGCCCACAUCUGGGGUGUGGCGGGGACACUACUGGCCAUGAAUGCCCUGGCGUCGGUUCAGGACAUCGCGGUGGACGGGGCCGCUGUGGGACUGCUGAAGGGCCGUAGCGAGCUGGGCCUGGGCAACACGGCCCAGGUGGUGGGCUACAAGGCCGGCUCGGUGUUUGCCGGGGGCGGGCUCCUGGCUGUGAUCGACGUGGUCGGGUGGGGCCCUAUGUUCAUGCUGUUGGCCUUUGUGUACUUCGGUGUGGCGCUGUUUGUGUGGGGGGCCCCCGUGCUGGAUGAUGAGCUGUUGAGGGGCCAGGCAGAGGGGAGGAGGGGUGUCCAGUCGGACGCUGUGCAUCCCUGGAGGGUGUGGCGGAAGCUGCUGUCAGUACCUGGGACGCCCUGGACCAUAAUCUAUGUUCUCACAUACAAACUGGGUGAGCAGGGAGCGGUGACCAUGUUCCCUCUUUUCCUGUUAGACAAUCACAUGACAGCACGCGAGCUGGGGUUCUGGAAUGGCGUGAUUGCCAUGGGCUUCUCCAUCUGUGGCUCCUCCCUCGGCGGCCUGCUGCUCUCCCAGUUCAGUAUUGGCUCUCUGAUGAGGCGGGUGUUUGUAAUGCGGACGGUCAGCAUGGUGUUCCAGAGUUCCCUCCUGACUGUGCUGGAACCCUCCCCACUCAUGAAAGUUAUGGCUGUGUUGAGUUUGAGCGUUCAGCACUUCCUGGGCGGCCUCAUCACCACGCUCACCUUCACGACCAUGAUGCACUGCACACAGAGAGCGGAGGAGAGUGUACAGGCCACCCACUACAGUUUCUUGUCCACCCUGGAGGUACUGGGGAAGCUGAUGUUCAGUGCCCUGGCGGGGGGUCUGGUGGACUGGGUGGGUUAUCCCACCGCCUUCCUCCUCUUCCUGGUUCUCUCGGCUGGUACAGCCCUCCACGUCUGGAGGGCCACGGAUACCGGGGCCCUCAGGGAACAGCUGAAAGAACAGCCCAAGCUCUUCCCCAACAGCUCAACCAUCCCUUAUGUAACUGCUUUAGCACCCCCCCAUCCAAACCAGCAAUGAUCCAUGCCAACACAAUCCCUCUCACUCAGUGGUCCCCAACCCCCUGGUCUUUGAGAGUAAUACUGUGUGCAUGCAGUUUUUAAUUGCCCAGUGCUAACAUGUCUGAUCAAGCUAUUCGAGGUGUCGAUGAUCAGUUGAGUCGUUUAAAAAGGUGGGUGUGGGGUUGGAGAUUUUUCCAGGACGCCGGUGAGUAGUUGUAUGGAGUUGGAGGAUUGGAUCAGUAGCAUAAGGGAUAGGGAGAGCAAUAUAGGGGAAAGCUGUUCAGGGGUUAUUGGAGGACAUACCAUCUGAGACAUUUUCAUAUAUGCCAAGCCACCAAUAAAACUUAAGCCAGCAGUAAUACUUAUCCAGGGAUGAACCAGCGAUGAAGGUUCUGUAUGUCUUAUCAGUUUGCCAUUGCACUAGUUCUGUGGCGACGUUUACCAAUCCCUACUACCUCUGUUUCACACUGUAAGACAUGCAGAAGCCUAGUGAGCUGUAUAGUACAACAUUUGCUAGCUCGAGUACGAUUUUGAUUAGAGAUAGCUAGCUUAAACCAUUACACAGCGUCAUCUAGUCUAGGUUUGUUAGCGCAAUUAGGGAACUAAAGCCUUACAUAAUGCAUGGUGGCAAGUUAUCAAGGAUUGGAUGGAUUUUUUUUUUUAAUGGAUUCAGGUUUUGUUUUUAUGGAUUCUGGAGGGGGAAAAACGCUUAUUUUUUUAUGUUACAUAGACUACUGCUGCUUGUUUUUCAACUACCUGCUGAUAUUACUUGUUUCUGUUAUGUGUAAAGUUAUUAAAAAUUACACACACCUUA